UUGAUGCUGUGGUAUAUUUUGCUCAUCCGAACCCGGACAAAGCAAGGAGAGCAGCAGCAGGCAGGAUGUCUGUCUGGCGAGAUUCGCCGCUGUUCCACCCACAGACAGCGCUGAGACAGCUCAACGCCUCCCGACACCACAACCUGUACUGCGACGUCACCAUCUCGGUAGCCGGCACCAGGUUCAGAUGUCACCGGGCCGUCCUGGCAGCCAACAGCGUGUACUUCCACCACCUGCUGUUGCCUAGCAACAGUAGCGUGUUGCCUAGCAACGGGCAGCCCGAGCCGUGUUACCACCUGGAGCGGAUGGGCGCUGCGACGUUCUCGGCGCUGCUGCAGUACAUGUACACGUCUCAGCUGUUCCUGUCGGACGAGCGCGCCGCCCGCGACCUUCUGCACGGCGCGCGCCGUGUCGGCCUCGUCGCCCUCGGAGACCUGGUCGCAGACUACCUGCUCGACUCCGACAGCAGCGAGGAACGGGCCGAACCAAGCGCCGACGAGGAGGGGGGAGAUCCGCCUGAGGCAGGGGAGGAGGCUGUGCCUGCAGACGACAGGCCGGAGGGGAAGGAAAAUCCAACAUUCAACCUGGAACUGCUGGAGCCUGCAGAACCAGGCUACCACCCUGGGUCCAGGGACACAAUGCAGGAAGCCCCAGUAUAUAACCUCGGCUCAAUAAAGACACUACCUCAGGAGUCUGCAAACCUAGACUAUAACCUUGUGUCAGUAGAUGAACUACCUCAGGAGCCUGCAGACCCAGGCUGUGAACUGGACACUGUUCCUCAGGAGCCUGCAGACCCAGGCUGUAAACUGGACACUGUUCCUCAGGAGCCUGUAGACCCAGGCUGCAAACAGGACACUGUUCCUCAGGAGCCUGCUUUAGCAGAACCAAUGAACCAGGCCAUGACCUGUCUACAGAACCUGUCCCAACUUUUCUCCACCAAUGGGAGGCACAAGCUCCUGAUGGUCACAGCAAACAGCGACCAUAUAAGGCACAACCACGACCAUAUAAGGCACAACCACGACCAUAUAAGGCACAACCAUGGCUGUGUGAACCAACCAGCAUCCGGCAGUCCUCCAGGUGUAGGUCAGGGUGAUCAAAGGUCAGGGAGUCCUGAUGACCCUAAAGAGCAAAGGUCAGGGAACUCUGUUGACCCCAGAAAACAAAUGUUAGUAAACCUUGAUGACCCUAAAGAGCAAAGGUCAAUGAACUCUAAUGACCCCAAAAGGCAGCUGAGUAAAAAGCAAAGUAGGAAGAGAGGCUGGCAGGAGGGGGAGUGUUCCACCACCAAAAGACAUCACAUUUACCACCAGGGAACCUGUACCACCACCAAAAGGCAUCAUGUUUACCACCAGGGAACCUGUACCACCACCAAAAGACAUCAUGUUUACCACCAGGGAACCUGUACCACCACCAAAAGACAUCAUGUUUACCACCAGGCACACCAACGCAAGGAGAAUGUGAAAAAAGGCCUCCCACUGAAGGCUCCUCAGCAGUGUCCACACUGGCAGGACUGGACUAGACACCAGCGCAGGCACAGGAAGCACCAGGGCUGCCUGAAGUGUGGCAACCUCACCAGCAGCUUGGGACUGCACAGGGAACAUGCACAGACCGUGUGUCAGACUUGCUGUAAAUGCUUCAUCGGUAAAGCCCACUUGGACAGACACACAUGCAGAAAUUCAGCCCAGGAAAGCAGAGUUCCCUUCAAAUGUACCAAGUGUAAAAGAAUGUUCAUGUGGGGUUAAACUUCAAGAGCUUUCUGGCAGCACAUGGGAAAAUAGCAACAUGCUCCAGACAUGUAAUCAGACUGCGAAGUUAAAUCUUGUGAUUUUUAACCUCCUGUAGACUAGUACACCUAGAGAAAAGAGAAGAUUCUUGAACUGUUGUGAACUUUUGUAAGUAAAAAGUGUGAGGUAGAAAGGGCUGAUGUUAGUGAUGUAGCGUGCCUAUAUGUAGUAGUUUUGCUGUUGCAUAGUGAUAUAAUAAUGUGUGGCAUGUCCUUGUUACUUUGUUGCUACUGAGUGAGAAAACCUUGUUGAUGACCUAGUGCAGGGCAAAAGUAUAGGAUGAAGAAGAUGGCUGUAAAGCUUGGUCUUUAUUUGUUUGGGAGUUUUUCUAGUUUUGACUGUCUUCUGCAAAGUGAAUGUGAAUCUAUACAUGAAUAACUCCCCUGGUCAAUCCUGCAUGGUUAAUGGAUCCUGUCACUAAGAUACAGGAAAUGCUGGGCUGCCUGUUAGCACAGUCAUGUGGAGUCAGUGUUCCCAGAGGUUUCUGUAAGCUGUAGUUUGUGUAGUACAGAUGGUAACCAAGUGGUCAUGCAGUAAUACAUAUACCUCAUCUGUAGAGCAUACAAAAUAAACGUCACAU